UGUAAAUACACAGGUGGCAGCGGCAUGAGCGCGUGAAAGUGCUUUAUGUAAAUAAAACAGAAGUGAAACCUCGUCACUCUGCCCUGGUUUCCAGACUCAGACAGACUCGCUGAGAUGAAAUGUUUGACACAUAGUUGGAGAGCAGACUCUGGAUUUUAAUACGAGGUGACGGCUGCGCAGUCAUGCCUCAGUUGACGUCGGCCGCGGUGCUGCAGCUCGUGCUGCUUCUGUCCGCGUUGCCUGCGCAGUACCUCAUCUCCAGGUGGAGCGGCUCUACGUCAGCGCAGCGCUUCCACGCGACCUCACGGCUGCUUAGAAUAUGGAAAGAGUGGAGAGCAUCUUUUCUCAAUAUUGCCACUGUAUGGACGGACUGGGCGAACCAGCAGAUUACCAAAGUCAAGUCUUUUAUCGGCUUGGAGCAGGAGGAAGAAGAAAAUAUGUCACUGGCCAUAGAGAAUAUGAUGCAGGACAAUGAAAUGGGAUACUUUGGAGCCUCAAAAGAAGUGCGUGACCGUCCUAUGUUUGUUUUCCUGCGGGUUGGAGACGUGGUGAUUGAAAGGAAUCAUAACAGGUUAGGGGUGAUAGUGAGCUGGGACCCUGAGCCUCGAGCCCCUGCAGAGUGGUUAAAAAAGAUGUACUCCAACUUUGAGGGCUACCAAGCACAGCACACGCCUCAUUAUAAAGUUCUCUUCAGUGGGCCAACAUCCUCCUCCGUGUUUGUUGGUUAUCUGCCACAAACGCAGCUGCAGCGCAUCACCGGAGUGAGGCCGGACAUUCCCAUGCUGGAGAAUUACUUCACACACUUUGAUGGCGAGCGGUUCGUCAUGCAGCCCUGGCUCAGAGAGAUCUUCCCUGAAGAUGAGGAAGAGCACGAGGACUUUUAACAGCAUGACUGUGACCUGUUUCCUGCAGGAUUAUUGAUCUUUAACCAUAAAGGUCGAUGAAAGAGCACAUAAAGGAUGAUUUUUAAAUCCUUCUCAGGUGGAUGCUAAUGUGAAGGUGUCUUUUCAGACAGUGGAGAAACUCUGGGAUUUGCUGCUUCAUGAAAUCUGGUUAUUCAGCUUUCAUGUGUUCAGCUUUUACUUCUUAAAGAUGUGCAGUAUUAAAAUACUAACAGU